AUGGAAGCUACGAUCAUUAUAAUAUUGGCUCUUAGUUUGAUGGUACAAAUCGACCAGAGUGCAAGUCAACAACGGUUCAUCGAAACACUCUACUUGGCUGAAAACCGAGCCUUACUUAAUCAUGGGUUUCAGUGGAAGACUGUAUCUUCUCCUGUGAUCUGUGGGCGAGACUGCUCUAUGGAUCCACAGUGUGUAUCAUUUAACUAUCACAUCAUAAGAGGUAUCUGUGUGUUGAAUGAUGCCAGCAGAGCUCACAGCCCUGAUGACUUUGUUGCGAGUGAAGGGAGUGCCUACUAUGAUAACAACUUGGACACUUCUUCAUUUUCACUACCCAGCACUAGUAGUUGUCUGGAGUUGUAUCAAGCUGGUUACCGCAUUAAUGGUUUAUACACCAUCUUUCCUACAAGUCUGACCACCAGUGGGUUACAGGUUUACUGUGAUAUGAAGACAGAUGGAGGCGGCUGGAUCGUGUUCCAGAGGAGACAAGAUGGCUCUGUUGACUUUUAUCGUAACUGGGCCGAAUACCAAUCUGGGUUUGGUGAUCUGCAGAGUGAGUUCUGGUUGGGGAAUGAUAUCAUGCGUGACCUUACUGGGUCAGGUCAAUGGCGACUCAGAGUAGAUAUGGAAGAUUGGGAGUCCAACACAGCUUGGGCUUCUUAUGAUGAGUUCAGUGUUACCGGUAACAAGUACACUCUCCAGGUUGGUUCAUAUGAUGCUCAGAGCACAGCAGGUGAUGCAAUGACAUAUCAUAAUGGAUUACCAUUCACAACAAAGGAUCAGGAUAAUGAUGCAAGGUCUGGUUACAAUUGUGCCGAGCGUUAUGAAGGUGCCUGGUGGUUUAAUGACUGCCUUCAUUCUCAUCUGAACGGUAAAUAUUAUCCAAGCCAAGAUGUCAGCCCAUCACGGGGAAUACAAUGGUACGAGUGGAAAGGAGCUCACGACUCCCUGAAGAAAUGCAGCAUGAAAAUACGGCAAGUUUUGUAACUAUCAACCCAUUGACCGGGGACAGGGAAUAAAAUGGAAUGACUGGAGUGGGGAUUAUUAAUUACUCCCUCAAAUAAUGCAGCAUGAAAAUACGACAACUUAAACUCUAACCUUGGGAUUACGGGACAAGAAUGAUUGACUUGUUGAACUGGAAAGGUUAUUUUUGCUGCAGCUGAGAAAUGCCCCAAGAUUCUCCUUACGAACACAGAGAUCAACAACACAUCUACGGUAUUAUUUUUAAUCGCGUUUAACAUUAUCAAUGGGUUUGUUUUUAAGGAAGAAAAAAAUGUUAUCAAAAACUGCAACAAAAACAAAUUCAUAUAAAGUCAACGUGGAAAGAUGAACUUAAAAAUCAAAAGGCUAGAAUGUCUUUGACAAAGGAACUGCCAACUGUUUGUUGGUGGUAAAAGGGACAAUACGAAGACUUUCACAGCGGUAUAUUUUUAUAACCAUCAUUCUAAAGUUGAUUUCCAUUCAGUAUACAAACAUCGGUAAUAUAAAUUCAUUAAAUAUUAGAUAUGGACUGUUUGACUAUUGCAGUGGGAUAAAAAGUUAUCACAUAUUGUAGAAUGUUCUUCACUGUAAUUUUGACAUUUUAUGAUCAUAGUAGCAUAGUGUUGUGAUUUGUGUUGUGAAGCAAACUUUAAGCAAAAUGUGCCUUUAAGCAAAUGGUCCAAUGAAGUAGUAUUUAAAAUUGUCAAGUGUCGAUAAAUGUAUUUUUGUAAACGUUUUUUUAACAAAACAUUGCAGUGUCUUUGCCGUGCGAUCACACGGCAACGACACUGCCGGUUUUAAACGGCCGUUUAAGAACUCGUCGCUACCCUUUUAUUCCCUUCGUUAUAAUACAAAACAUAUCUGUGCGUACAAAUAUUGUGUAAUUGUUUAGGUGCACAACAGCCGUUGGUAGUAGAGUGGUUCACAGUGGUACUUCAGUGCUGUUAUUGGUAGGACUUAUAGAAUUUAAUUAUUUACAUUUUAAAACAUUAAUGUUAACUAUUGUGGAAUGUUGAGAA